AUGAGGCGCCUGGCGCGGCUCUGCGUCCUCCUCGCGCUGUGCCUUGGCGAGAUAAAAGUUUUGGCUGCCUGUGAUGAAUGCAGUUCAGUAACUGUAACAGCAACAAAUAGAGAAAUAUAUAUCCAGAACCCUGACAACUUCACAAUAACGAAUGUAACUUUUGCAAAUGGGACACUGUUUAAGGAUGGACCACUGAAUGAUUCAGUAUCUGAUCUUGAACCUGGAGUACAGUAUAUUGUUACUUUUCAGAAUGAUACUUUUCAGAAUGAGACUGAAAUAUGCUGCAAAAAUAUUACUACAGUGCCCACUCAAGUCAUUGGCAUCAGUUUUAGCGACAUCACUAACCAGUCUGUAAAUUUAAUGUGGAGCAGCAGUGAUCCAAAUGCUGCUGUUUACAGCUACAGAAUAGUAGUUGAUGGGGGCGGCUCCAGUACGACGGAAAACUCAACAAACACCACCGCAGUAAUUAGCAACCUGAAACCUGGUACAUUGUAUACGUUCACAAUAUAUCCACAAGUUGCUGAAACAGAAGGCGAUGCAAAGAAUGGAUCCACCUAUACAAUUCCUAGUUCUGUCUUCAACAUCACAGCGACAGAUAUCAGUUCAGUAGCAGUCGAUUUAUCAUGGGAAAACAGGGAUACAGCUUCUCCGAUGUACUCCUAUAGGAUACACAUUAGUCGAGAAAAUGGUUCUGGUGAGAACAAGACAGCCCGAAGCACCAGAGUUGCAAUAUCACAGUUAACACCUGGUACUAAUUAUACAUUCAGCAUAUACUCAGUUGCAGCAGAUAACACAACUGAAGGAAAUCCAGACAGCAUAAGCCUUUUUACAAUUCCUAGUUCUGUCUUCAACAUCACAGCGACAGAUAUCAGUUCAGUAGCAGUCGAUUUAUCAUGGGAAAACAGGGAUACAGCUUCUCCGAUGUACUCCUAUAGGAUACACAUUAGUCGAGAAAAUGGUUCUGGUGAGAACAAGACAGCCCGAAGCACCAGAGUUGCAAUAUCACAGUUAACACCUGGUACUAAUUAUACAUUCAGCAUAUACUCAGUUGCAGCUGAUAACACAACUGAAGGAAAUCCAGACAGCAUAAGCCGUUUUACAAAGCCCAGUCCAGUCACUGACAUUCGUUUUAGCGACAUCAUGAACCAGUCUGUAAAUUUAAUGUGGAGCAGCAGUGAUCCGAAUGCUGCUGAUUACAGCUACAGAAUAGUAGUUGAUGGCACCAAUAUAACGGAAUACUCAACAAACACAACUGCAGUAAUUAACAACCUGGAACCUGGAACAUUGUAUACGUUCACAAUAUAUCCACAAGUCGCUGGAACAGAAGGAGAUCCAAACAAUAGUUCCAACUAUACAAAACCCAAUCCAGUUUUUGAUGUCCAAAUUAAAAAUUAUAAUACAACAACAGUACUCCUGACUUGGAAUAACACUGAUGCAGCUCGACAUGGGUACACGUACGUAAUAGAGACUGGAGAACAAGAGGUCGAAACAGUCCGUAAUACCAGCACAACCAUUGGCAAUUUAGAACCUGGUACUGAGUACACAUUCACAAUAUAUUCACAAGCAGGAGAUGGUAAAACUAGAGGCGAUCCAGUCAAUACAAGCACCUAUACAAUUCCUAGUUCUGUCUUCAACAUCACAGCGACAGAUAUUAGUUCAGUAGCAGUCGAUUUAUCAUGGGAAAACAGGGAUACAGCUUCUCCCAUGUACUCUUAUAGGAUACACAUUAGUCGAGAAAAUGGUUCUGGUGAGAACAAGACAGCCCGAAGCACCAGAGUUGCAAUAUCACAGUUAACACCUGGUACUAAUUAUACAUUCAGCAUAUACUCAGUUGCAGCAGAUAACACAACUGAAGGAAAUCCAGACAGCAUAAGCCUUUUUACAAAACCCAGUGCGGUUUCUAAAAUCAUAUUUGAAAAUAUCAGCACAAAUGGAGUAAUCUUAAGUUGGAGUAUUGAAGACGCUGCUGCUUCUGGAUAUACUUACAGAAUAUACAUACAGAAUGGGAGUUCUGCUGGAUGGAACGUCACCCAAAGCUCCUCAUCCAAAAAUGCUUCCAUCCAGGGGUUAAAUCCAGGCACCUCUUAUAGUUUCUCAGUCUUCGCACGGGUGAACAGUGGCAAAACUGAAGGAGGCGCCAGCAGCCAGACUGUCUGUACAGAUGCAGCACCAGUGGGCACACUGAACUGUAAACCAGUGCUUAAGCAGCCAGAACUGAAUUUAAGCUGGAGUCCUCCUGAAGGCAUUUAUAAUAGCUUCACAAUUCAGGUCUCAAACGGUACUUUAAACAGAAGUGAACAAUACAGCUCAGAAAAUCAGGGUGCUAUCAUAAAAGAUCUGAGUUACUUUGUCAACUACACUGUUAGGAUCGUAACCCAUUCGUGUGGAGAAAUGAGCAUUCCUCAGGACAAAAUAUGUCUUACGAGUAUCACUGAUCCUCCAGUUCCCUCUGAAAUACCGACUGCUGAGGCAACUAGCCACAACACUUUGAAAGUUCAGUUUAGUCCUUUUGAAUCCAUUAAUGGACCGUUAGAAGCAUAUGCAGUAAUAAUCACAACAUCAAAAGAAAUGAAAUGCAGCAAUGAGUCCUUGGCAGACACCUAUCAGGAUUUUACCGAGAAAAAAACAGAUUCUUAUGUCGCAUGUGUCAAAGAUGUGCAACAUUCCUCUAAAGUUGAUCGUUAUGAUAUUUCAAUAGGAGAUGGAUUAACCUAUCAUGGCUAUUACAAUGGGAAGCUCGAACCCCUUGGUUCCUAUAGGGCGUGUGUGGCUGGUUUCACUCGUAUCAUUUUUACGAACGACUCCUCUGUCAGUUCAAGGGAAAGCUAUGUCUCAUAUUCGGCUGUCUCUGCACCUGCACACUUACCCCAAAAUCCAGAUGUUAUCACGGGAGCCGUUGUUGGGUGUAUUCUGGGCGCUGUACUUGUUGCUGCAAUAGCGGUUUUCAUCUUUUGGAAAAAGAGAAGGAAAGGUGGAAAAAACAACGAGGUGCCAUUUUCUCCAAUUGCACCUAAAAAAUCAAAACUAAUUAAAGUUGAAAACUUUGAGUCUUAUUUUAAGAAACAAAAAGCUGAUUCAAACUGCGGAUUUGCAGAAGAGUACGAGGACCUCAGGCCUGUUGGUGUUAAUCAGCCCAAAUUUGCUGCUGAACUACAGGAGAACAAAGGAAAAAAUAGAUACAACAAUGUCUUGCCAUAUGACAUUUCUCGUGUUAAACUAUCAAUCCAAAACCAUCCAACCAAUGAUUACAUUAAUGCGAAUUAUAUGCCUGGAUACAAUUCCAAGAAAGAGUUCAUUGCUGCUCAGGGCCCUUUGCCAAAUACUGUUCAAGACUUCUGGCGCAUGAUCUGGGAGAAAAGUAUUCAUACCAUUGUUAUGCUGACUAAAUGCAUUGAACAAGGCAGGACAAAAUGUGAGGAGUAUUGGCCAAAUAAACAGUCCAAGAAUUAUGGGGACAUAACUGUAUCCAUGACCUCAGAAAUUAUCCUUCCGGAGUGGACAAUAAGAGAUUUUUCCAUGGAAAAGAGCGACUCAUCUGUAAGUCAUCCUGUGCGACAGUUUCAUUUCACUGCCUGGCCAGAUCAUGGUGCUCCAGAAACAACUGACCUCCUCAUCAGCUUCAGGCACUUAGUGCAGGAAUAUAUGAAGCAGAACCCGCCCACUCCUACUUUGGUACACUGCAGUGCUGGUGUUGGGAGGACCGGAACUUUCAUUGCCAUUGACCGAUUGAUCCAUCAGAUGGAGAUGGAGAACACAGUUGAUGUGUAUGGCUCUGUAUAUGAUCUCCGAAUGCAUCGGCCAUUAAUGGUGCAGACAGAGGAACAAUAUGUCUUCCUAAACCAGUGUGUUAUGGAUAUUAUUAAAACCAACAAAGAGAAGAAAGCAGACUUGAUCUAUCAAAAUACAAAUGCCAUGGCAAUCUAUGAGAACUUUAGACCAUCACCACAUCUUGGGAAGGCAAAUGGCUACCACGUGUAACUGUUCAGGAAUGACAUGCCACCCACUUCUGCCAUGUAUAGGAAAGGGAAUAUGCACUGAGUUUUUUCCCCUAUCUUUAUGUAAAGAGACUUUUAAAAUAACCGAUCUGAAGAUGCACAUAUAAAAAUGCCAAUGUGGUUUAAUGCAUUUAUCAGAGGAAAUCUGCUUUGAUGCAUUAUUUUAUGGAAGAAAUUAACUCAUAUUGACUAAACAGUGAGGUCUCUUUUUAAAUGUAAAACUAAU